UAAUAGCAGCAACUACCCAGGAACGGAAGCUUCUCCAUCUGACAGGAACAGGGAGCCAGAGGCGCAAAUAAGCCAAUAUUCCAUAGAUGCAUCUUCGCGACUAAAUUUAGUUUACGCCAAGACCUCUCCGGGCAGUUAUUGUCAUCACAAUUAUUAUCAAGAAACAAACAUGGGAGACUGGAACCCUAAGCCAAUCAUCGGUGUUCCUAUCCAGAGAGGAGAAAUUAAUUUUGAAUGGCCAGUCGAGUUGUUUCUCGAGAAUCCAGAGAAAUUCAUUCGAGAGAUGGACACGUGUGCUGGGUCAUUGAGGGAGGAGAAAGAACAGUUCAUACUACGAGGUAUCUUGCCAUACCUGGAGCAAGUCAUGUGGGGCAAAUCCUCUGCUAAUAACAUUGAUACCUACAAAAUCCUUGCCCAAGCAAGCUGCAGCCGAAGUAGUUCUGAUGUUGUAAAACAUUCCCUACAUCAUCUCCAGCAUCUACUAUACAGAGAUAGCCUCGACUGCUCUAAGCAAAGUUUGCUGGGUGUAGAAAAAAUCAUACGAUCAUCUAUCGCUUCCCCAGAUGCAGUGUUCAGGGAGGAGGCAGAUCCAAUGCGUCUACUAAGACUAUCUGUGUACGGCUGCAUUCUGUCCGAGUUAAUAAUUCACCAGGUUCAGUCAGGAUUCUCUAUGAUAGACUUACAGAACAAUCUAAAAAAGCUCGAGGAACUGAAGGUGUAUUUCAAUCAGAUCAACCUGAAAAAGAAGGACAUUUUGAGAUAUUCGAUAGAAUUUAUUCAGGAAGCAAUUUCCUAUCUUUUGAAGUCACCAGAGAAGACGCUGAAAACACAUCUGGGACGCCACCUAGGUGAAUGCAAGGCGCUAUGUGCAAAUACGCAGAUUGAAGAAAAGACGUCGUUAUUUCAAAGGUUGAAGACAUCCAAAGUGAAAUGGUUUGAUUUGCACUGUAUUCUAUAUUAUCUGCAUGGACAGGUGCAUACUGAACGUCCCACUCCGCAGAUGCACAAGGAGCGAAAGGCCAUGAUUCUUCUCAGACGUGUGGUGGAAGCUUCUCUUGAUGGCGGAGGCGGAAAUGACUGGAAGUUCUGUCUCCUAACAGGAUCUCUACUGUCGGAGAUCUCAAUGAACAACGUCACCAAAGAAUUGAGGAUCGAAGCCGGUUCCUGUUUAGUGAAUCUCCUGAAGAAUGACAAAGCACAGAAGAGGCCAGAAUGUAGAGCGAUCCUUGACCGUCUUUCUAAACGGGUGCUGUUCUGUCAAGACAGUCUCAUUAAGAAGCUUUUGGUUCCUCAUCUACUCAACAACCAAAAUGCACAGUACACACUUCCAGCAGAACUCCACAUCGAGCACCUUACUUCCUGCUACAGGACUCAAACACUGGAAGUUAACAGCAUCAUAGCCAGUGAGGCGGGGCGCGAAGAACCGAGCUGUUUUGUCAACAGAGGUAUGUUGAAGGGACAAAAAGCGGCCGUAAAGAUUUUGGCUGUCACAAAGCAAGUUAUCCUAGAGGAAAACACCACAGUGCAGUCGGAGGCGAAGAAACGGCUAAUUGCAGAAGCCUACAACUUAUGUCAAUUAAACAGCCUAAAUCAGCAUCCAAACAUUCCGGUCCUUCUCGCCUAUAACACAACCACCGUACCAUACCAUAUCAUCACACAGUAUGAGAAAUACGGUAAUCUGCUUCAGCUUGUUCGAACGUCUCGAGAAGUCCAGGCUUUGCCAUCGUCCGUUAUUUACAAAAUGUUUAUCGGCAUAAUUGAGGGCCUUUUAUACUUACACCAAAAGCUGCACUUGGUUCACCGGGCCGUCAUGGCGGAAAACAUUCUAGUCGGAGAUGGUUAUACAUCCAAGCUGAGUGGCCUGCACUCCUUAGAAAUGCUACAAAACAGACAUUAUGGCGACGCCCAAGAUAAUCGCUCACCAGAAUAUGAUUACGCCAUCCUCGAUGACGAUUUACCGCAAUGUAUAAGCGAAAAUGAUGAAGGCCUGCCAGUAAGAUGGAAAGCGCCGGAAUGUCUACGGCAAAACUUGUAUUCCACUGCCUCUGAUGUCUGGGCAUUUGCUAUGCUUAUGUACGAAGUACUCACUCUUGGAUGCUGCCCGCACAGACACAUCCGAGAGGAUAGUGAGGUCGCCAAUUAUGUUUUUCAGGAAGUCAAUGAAGAGUACCUACCUCAAGAGCCAUCAAUUGAUGAUGAUGAAUACAAGUUGAUGAAGCAGUGCUUGAAAAAGCGAAGAAAUGAAAGGAUCAGAUUACUCGACCUUAAAGAAGAACUCAAGGAAAUGCGGCUAAAGAUGAAAUCAGGGGAAGAAAAGCUACGGCGUAACCCACCACACUUAGAGCUUGACAUUGUCAGUGUAUCUCAACAACCACAGGAACUGGAUGAUAUGUACGAGUUCGUUUCUCAAGACAAUGUUUCAGAGUACACCGAUGUUGACAGAUCACAGACGAUCUACGAAGAGUAUGAGGAUACGGAGGAAUCUGUGAUGAAAGAGAGGAUCACUGGUGGGGACAAACAGCAUUUGAGAAGACUUUUCUCGCUUCGCAAUGAUUAUCUCCUACCUAUCCAUAGGAUGUUUAAUUUGGAUUCUCACAGUCCAGAUGUUGACAUUCACUCGCCAAGAACCAGCUUUGGGAACUUGAAAGAGUAUGUUCUUGACCGACGUUGUGAGAAGGACGAUAUAAUCACAUACUUAUGUCAGGUGGCGUCUGCUCUACACUACCUUCAUGUCAACCACAUUGUACAUGGGGACCUCCGCCCAGAACAUGUAUUUGUAGCUGGACCACACAAGGUCCAGGUUGGCUUCCUGGGUCGCUCCAAGCCUCUUUCUAUGAGUGCUUAUGAAGUAACCAGUACUUCAUGCGUGGUUGAGGCUGCCCUGCUACCUGAUUCUACUCGCUGGUGUGCUCCGGAAGUGAUCUUAGAGAAUCACUAUUCUCAUGCAAGCGAUGUGUGGGCUUUUGGAAUCUUAGCAUGGGAAUUGUACACUUCCUUCGCUGUUGGUCAAAGUGAUAUACGUGCUUCUUUGCCCUACCACAGUAUAGGCUCCGAUAAGUCAACCUUGUGUAACCAUAUGAAAAACGAAGGACCACUUACCCAACCUGACGGCUGUCCUGAUUGGGUGUACAUCAUGAUGCAUCAGUGCUGGACAUACGACCCAAAACAGAGACCACCAAUUAUUGCUAUAUUAGAUUGCCUUUCAAGCAGGGAACCGAUGCAGUCGUGGAUGAUGAAGUUAUGGUUAAACAAUCAUGAUGAAAGCGAGUGGCCAGAUUUGCCAAUCUAUCAGCCCGAGGGUGCAUGCCAUGUGACACGGGCAGAAGAACACCCCUCCAAAGACGUUAUCGAAAAAAUGUGCUCGGAAAGCUUUUUUACCCACCACAAGUACUUGUACGUCGAGAGCAUUCAAAGAAGUGUGGCAGGUACGGUAGAUGAAGACCAAUACGAAUUCCGCGAAUCCCCUGAUAUCUCUCAGUCAUUACACCAAGGAUCCUCUGUGUUCCAUCAGUCACCACGAGAAUCUUUGGCAAGUCUCGGCCUUUCUCGUGACCGCAGCUCUAAAUUUGGCCAGGAACAACAAACGGUUGCACAAGGAGGUGAGACCAUCGAGAGCCGUGAUUACUACUAUUCUUAUCCAGCAGUUGAAGAAAUGUUUGGUGAAGAACGUGGCUGUUCUAUGUCUCAGCCUGAAGAUGCCAUUUCAGAUCACGAACAAUACGAACUGUGCGAAUCCCCUCAUAUCUCUCAGUCUUCCCGAGGAUCUUCUGUUAAUGACAUAUCUGAAAACAAUGAAGGAGGAGUUGACGUUGAAGAUGGCCCGAAACACGAUCUGCGUUUGGAGAAUAACACAGUGUACAAGGAGCUUGAUAAAACCAACCAGGGCUACAUGCCACUUUCGAUAGAGCAGAGGACUGGAGAACAACCAUGUUUUAUCACUUCAGAUACUAAAAAAUUAAGUACACCUUUGCCCCAGUACGGCGGUAAUGAUUCCUCUGUUGGGUGCUACAGUUGUGUCGACCUUCUUGUGCAAGGCCCUCAUCAAGGACAAGAAGACGAACGUUUCUUUUCUGGACCUAUAAAUUCCACUGAAAUCUUCCAGAACAUGGAAUGCAAACUGAAAUACGACUCAAAUGAGGACAUGGCCAUUCAAAAGUUGUUAAAGGAUGCAGAGUUUCUUUACCAGGACAUUGUACAAGGAAGGAAAAAAAGUGUCAGAAAGUAGAAUCGAACACUGUCGGGAGUGACGAAGAUUUUUACAUGCACCGAAACCAAAGCUUAGAACCAAAGCAAGUGCCACAGAAUGCUGAGCGUCGGAAAAGUAAGAAGGUGUACGGACAGAAACAAAAGUGGCUUAUAUGAGCAUGCUAUAAUAAUCUAUCUAAACUGGGUAGUCUUCGUACAUACAGGCCAUGCAUGCAUGAAGUAGGUUUAACUAAUUCAGGUAAUAUCAGUAGCGG